UGAAUCUAUAUGAUCACUUUUUCUUCCAUUACAAAUGCAUCUCUCUCUCUCUAACACACUGAACUGAACCACCGAAGACGUAAAAGUGACUCGGUGAGUGACUCACUGAGUUAGUGAAGCUAAUGUAGCUUUAGAUCUCGAAGCAACGAACGAUGAGGAGCUGAAAUUGAUUCCAAUGGAACAUUCCAGAAACAGAUAGAUGAAGUUCUCUAUAUCUGCCAAGGGAAUAAAGAGACUCACGAUAUCGAGCGGCGCCGGUGCCGGUGGCGGCGCGGCAGAAGAUGUAUCGCUGAAGAUUCCGUCGAAGCCAGCUUCCGGUCGCCGGAUUACUGCAAGGACGGCGAUUCCGGCGGCGCUGGUGCUCGGAACAUUGUUGCCGUUUUUGUUUGUUAGAAUCGCAAUCUUUGUUCUCGAAUCAGCUUCGGUUCGCUCUUCUUUCGACUGUGGAGGAUGGAGGUUCUUCAGUGGAGCUGACAGGUCAUUGAAACUAAGAGAUGAGCUUACCAGAGCACUAAUGGAGGCAAAUGAGGGUAAUGAUGAUAUAGGAGCUGAGUCAUUCAAUGAACUUGUGAAAGAGUUUACCUCAAAACAAGACCUUAAGACUUUUGCUUUCAAGACCAAAGCCAUGUUCAAAAUUUGGAAGCAUUAUCAUAGUAAAGAGAAAGACCUCAACUAUAGUCAAGAUCAUAACAGAUAUUUGGACACUUUAAGGCCUAGCAGCCGUUCAUUGAUGAAUCAUCUCAUCAUUUACCUCCCUAAGCUGUUUCCAGAUCUCAAGAAGAUAGUAUUUCUGGAUGAUGAUGUUGUAGUGCAACAAGACAUAUCUUCUUUGUGGGAACUAGAUCUUAAUGGUAAAGUCAGUGGUUCAGUAUUCAGAUCAUGGUGUGGAAAUGGUUGCUGCUCUGCUGGGACUAAAUACAUGGACUACUUGAACUUCUCACAUCCUCUCAUAUCAUCAAGCUUCAAUGGCAACCGUUGUACAUGGCUGUAUGGCAUGAAUAUAUUUGAUCUUGAAGCUUGGAGGAACACAAAUAUCACUGAGAUUUACCAUCAUUGGUUGAAACUUAACCUGAAGUCUGGAUUGGAAUUGUGGAAUCCAGGAUUGCUUCCUCCUGCAUUGAUUGCAUUUGAGGGUCAAGUACAUUCUAUAAACUCAUCAAUGCUUGUGACUGACUUAGGCCAUCGCCAUGGCGCUGCCGAAAUUAGCAGAGAAAGAGUGGAAGCCGCCACAGUUAUUCAUUUCGCCGGCCCUGCAAAACCAUGGCUUGAAAUUAGUUUCCCAGAGGUUCGAAGUUUAUGGAGUCAAUAUGUAAAUUUCUCUAAUAAAUUUACAAGGAGAUGUGGAAUAAUUACAUCAGAAAAAAAAAAGUGAGAAAGAAAGUGGUUCUUAUUUAGAGAUACAUCAGCAUCAAUAAUAUUAAUAUUAUGUUCGGUAUAUGGUUGCAAAAGUUGGUUCUUUCCUUCCCAGUUGGAAGAAAUUUUGUAACUAAAGUAAAUUCCA